AUGAGUAUUAUUAACAUACUAUUAAUUUCAUUGAAUUUGAUCUCGCUUAUCAAAUUAUAAGAAUUUGAGGAAAGUCAAAUUGACUGUCCAAGACAUUUUUCAAAAGUCACAUGCCUGAAUUAUAUUAAUUCUACUGCAACCUAUAUUUCUGCUGAUGAUUCAAAUGGGUUAAGAUUAAACGAUAUAAGAACUGGUGAUUUAAUUUAUAAGUAUGAUGGAAUUUAUUUUUUUGAUAAUAGUGGUAUUAUUUCUGUAACUUCUUCUUCUGAUGGUGAUGUUUUAGCUAUUACUCGCUCAGAAUUAUUCUACUUUAAUAUAUUUUAAAAUAACAUGAUUGCACAUUCAAUAUAAAAUUAACAACUAGUAGCAUAGUCACAAUUUUUUGUGAAGACUUAGUGGAUUACUUAAAUGAAUUUAAACUCUUCUUAAAUUCAAUAAUACAUGAUAUUUAUAUAGGUUAAUUUAGAUUAAGGAUUAACAUAACUAUAUUAUAUAUAAAAUCAAACUUUAAGUCUUUUUUAUGAAGUUACAAAUGGAGUUAACACAAAUGUGCCAAAUGCAUAAUUAAAUCAAGCUCAGAAUUUUGUUAUCGCUCAAAAUGUGACAGGUAUGAGUGGAUUUGCAUAACCUGUCAAUAUACUAGUAGGAAUAUCGCAAAAUAAUUUUGUUUUUGCAACUUUUAUACCAAACAUAAAUAUUGUGCAAGCUACACAGAAUAAUAUGUGGAUUGCAUAUUAGAGCGAUUAUAUUAUAAUUUCUUUUAAUCAUUUGUCUGGAUCUUCUAUCUUAGCAGUUUAAUAUGGUGCUUCUAUAAAAAGACCUGUUAAUAACACUUAUACAAAUUGUUUAGUGUUUUAUGAUCUCCAAAAUUUAUAACUAGAUAAAAGCAAAAACUAUUUUUAAACAGACAAAAUGUUGAAAUAAAUAAUUGCUUCUAUAUAAAUGGGAAAUAACACAAUUUCUUUGAUAUAUAAUUUUUGGUUUGGUAAUAGCUACUAUACCACUUUUGCUACAAAUAAUAAAACUUUAAUAAUAUAGAAAACUUAGGAUUUAAUAUCAAGUAAAUUUUAACUUUUGAAUUCACCAAUUUAAAUUGUGUUUGAUGAUAAUAUAACAUCAAUCGAAUACACUGAUAUAUAUUAAUCAUAAUAUUUGCUGCUUGGGUUUGGAAGUGGAUCUGUUUCUAAGUUUAAUUUCUAGAAUUAUUUAUCUUCUAAUUCUACUAAAUUGUAGGCUAUAUCUAAUGUCAAUCUAAAUUUCACACAAAAAUAUUUAGGAAUGAAGUCUUUAGUUAAUAGCUCUUUUUUUGAUAGUUCAAACGGAAUUCUUAGUGUUAUUAGCAACAAAAAUAAUUAAUUAAAAUAAUUCAGUAGCUUAGAAACAGUUAUAGUUUACUUAGAAUUCAGUUAUGUAUUCUAUAAAUCAAUUUAAGUAUCAGUUUAUGAACAAAACUUAAAUUAGCAAAGGAGAUAUUGA